CAAAUCUCACAUCUGAAGGUUAAAGUCUGUCUCUCUCCAUCACACCGCGCUUCAGUCCAGCGGUACUCGCGUUUCUCUCUCCCUCUUCUUGCUCAUAAUUUGCAGAAAUAUUAACACAAUAUAAUGUCGAUAUUUGGUGAAGUCCCGCAGGCUGCUCCUGUCGCAGUGUUUAAACUGACAGCAGAUUUCCGUGAAGAUCAGAAUCCCAGCAAGGUGAAUCUGGGAGUUGGAGCCUACAGGACAGAUGAAGGUCAGCCCUGGGUUCUCCCCGUGGUGAGAAAAGUGGAGAAGAUGAUCGCUGAUGACCAUAGUUUGAACCACGAGUACCUGCCCAUUCUAGGCCUGCCAGAGUUUCGCUCCAGUGCAUCUAAGAUCGCUCUGGGUGAAGACAGUCCUGCCAUCAAGGACAAUCGGGUAGGAGCUGUGCAGUGUUUAGGUGGCACGGGUGCUCUGAAGAUCGGAGCCGAGUUUCUUCGCCGUUGGUACAAUGGAACCGACAACACAAAAACUCCAAUUUAUGUGUCUGCGCCAACAUGGGAGAACCACAAUGCUGUUUUCUCUAACGCUGGAUUUGAGGACAUCCGUCCAUACAAAUAUUGGGAUGCAGGGAAGCGUGGACUCGAUCUGGAAGGUUUUCUGGGUGACCUGGAGAGUGCACCUGAUCACUCCAUCUUUGUGCUGCAUGCCUGCGCUCACAACCCCACCGGCACAGAUCCCACCCAGGACCAGUGGAAGCAGAUCGCUGAUGUCAUGAAGCGAAAGAGUCUGUUUGCCUUCUUUGAUUCAGCCUAUCAGGGUUUCGCCUCAGGAAAUUUAGAUAAGGACGCCUGGGCUGUCCGCUACUUUGUGUCACAGGGUUUUGAAUUGUUCUGUGCCCAGUCGUUCUCAAAGAACUUCGGUCUGUACAAUGAGAGAGUGGGGAACCUGACUGUUGUAGCUAAAGACCAAGACAAUUUGAACCGUGUACUGUCUCAAAUGGAGAAGAUCGUUCGCAUCACCUGGUCCAACCCUCCAUCCCAGGGUGCACGUCUGGUUGCCAUCACACUCAACACCCCUGAACUCUUUGCUGAAUGGUAA